CAUCACAUCUUCAAUGUGGGCUUCAAAGAUUCUUGGCUUCUCUCUUCUAUAAAUACCUCCUAUAACCUCACACUCUUUUCCUCUACCCUUUUUCUUCUGUCUUCCCCCUGUUUCUUAGCCCUGCUUUCUACUCUCUUUUCUCUUUCAAAAACGUCUCUAAAAAUGGAAAACAGCGAAGACAAGUUCCCACCAAACUUGCCCUCCAAAAUCCAGAAGCUAUCCAUUUCUGCUCAGAUUUGCUUGAGAAUUUUCGCUGUUGCAGCCACAUUGGCCGCAGCUUGGCUGACGCUCACUAACAAGGAAUCCACUCAAAUUGGCGUAUUUGUCUUUGAUGCUAGAUACAACUACUCCUCAGCCUUGAGGUUCUUCGCGUUUGCAAAUGUUGUUGUGUGUGCCUUCUCUGCGCUGUCCUUGAUCUUCCUGUUUGUUGUUUGUCGUUAUGGCUCGAACCCUGCCCACUUCUUCUUCAUGUUCCUGAAUGAUUUGAUGAUGAUGUGCUUGGUUCUUGCUGGAUGCGCAGCUGCGACUGCAGAAGGUUUCAUUGGGAAGUAUGGGAAUAGGCACUCUGGCUGGAUGCCCAUCUGCGACCACUUUGGCAGAUUCUGUAAGACAGGAACAGUUUCUGCGAUACUCUCUUACUUGGCCUUGCUGUUCUUGUUGAUGCUCACAGUCAAUUCUGCAAGCAACUCCAGGCAAAUUCACAAGUAGAUCUUCUUCCUAUCUCAAUCCAUAAUAAACAAGAUAGUCCAUAGUUUUUUUUUUAUUGACUAAUUUAAUAAUAUAUAUUAAGAAAAAUAAACAAAUAUUAAUACAAUAAUGUAUUUUAAUUUUUAAAAUUAUAAGUAGCAUGUCAUUCA